GCCGGCAGCUUUGCGUUUACAACAUCUUCUACCAGCAGUCUAAAACUAGCCCGCAUUGCUCUACUUGAGCACUUCCACUUCUUUUUACUCGAGGAUCACAAAAGGUACUAGUACGCUACUGCUACAACAUCAAAGUAACAUCACAGCUCCUUUAUUUUUAGUGCAGCCAUUAUACAUAUUACUUAAUUUUUUUAAUCGUCCAACCACCUGCAUCUCGAUAUUCACCAUGAUGGCGUCCCUACGUAAGGUCGUCGCCGUUCUCUCUCUGCACUUUGUUUUGCAGCACUGCGCAAUCACUUCUACUGGCGUGGUCCUGUACGUGCAGGGACUCCAACCGUCCGGGUCUAAUCGUCGGUCCAGCUCCGCCCCAGCGCGUGAACUACCGCUGCUGGCGCCGCACACGGAAAGCGGUGCUACAGGUAGUGUGCCUGCCGAUCCUCCCGCCGGCCGUCUGCCUAUCAAGGAGCUAGCGCCGCAUUUCGGGGCCGGCUUCGUCUCUCGCUGGGUACCCGCAGACGGGCCGCUGCCGCGCGCCAUUGGCAGGGUUGUUGGCGGGCAACCGCAGACGGCGGACCCGCGCUAUUUAGCGGCUGCGGAAGCGGGAAAGAGCUGUUCUACGGUAGCCUGUUGUAUAAGCAAUGCUGGCUGUUGCGCGGCGGCCGGCUACCCAGUUACUGCGGUGGUGUCGUCCGGAGUUCCUGCGCUAGUGGAGUGCGCAAAUGGGUGUGAAAACUGUUGUAUAGCGCUGGCGAGUGAUGUCCCAGCAGAUGAUGAAGUAGAACAAGAUUCUUCAGACGAAGAAGGACUACCACCAACGCAAGAGGAGAUGCCGAUGCCUUAGGUCUGAAGAACCUAGCCGCGCUCCUGCGUGUGUGAGAAAAUCUACUGCACAGCAGGGAUCGAUGAGGAUUUUUUCGUGUAGAAUUUAUUGCCACAGGACAGACAUCAGCAUCACAGUAGGAGAAUUCUGGUUCUGCCUGCCUGAAUCGCUUCUGCUUUAUAUAUCUUUGUCCUUCGAAUUCAUGUUCAUCUGUGAGGAGCGUCGCUUCUCUAUUAUCAUCUUUCGAGAUGAUGUUACGCUUUCGCAGCUAUGGUGGAGUGGUCGAUCUCGUUGCUACUAGCGCUAGUUUUCAAAUUUUUAUACCUGUAACUGUAAGAUUGUAGGACUCCUGCAUGAUAAUCAUUUACUGGGUGCGCCAAAGGGUUGUACGACUGUAGGUCGGAUUGUGUGACUACAAAUAUAUCAGUCGAGGCGGGCGCAGCAGCAGCACCAAAGCACGUACGCACCGCCUCGCUCCUGUGGAAGAGCCUCCUGAUGAAGAACGUGUGAACGCAGGCACCUCCUACCAACGUUUGCCAUUUUCGGAAUAAGAUCAUACUCCCAGAACCAUCAAAAGAUGAAGAUCAUACUCCCAGAGCCAAUGUAUAAUGUUUGCCACUUUCGGAAACGGAAGAAGAUCAUACUCCCAGAACCUCCAUCAAAGCGACUUUAUGGCGGACCUGUGUCCUCCAAUCUGGUGCACUCCCGUGCACGAAGCGACAAGGAUCCACAACUUCCGUUUCAUAUUUAUUUCGUGGUUUCAGUUUGCAAUAGAAAUGGAACUAUGUGAUUUGGUGGCUGUAGGCGGUCCAAAGUGAUGAAUAAAGUGGAAGAAGAUGAAACUGCCAG